AUGACUUCUAGAAUUAGAGGAUACGUCUCAACAGCUCUUCCAAAUAUUCCCGUCAAUGCUAGAUGGACACGCAAUGCUGUCACCAUCGCUGGAGGCUAUGGUCGUGGCAACGCAUUCAACCAACUUUGCCUUCCUCAUGGUCUCUUUAUGGAUGAUGAUCAAACUGUCUUGGUCGCUGACUAUGGCAAUCAUCGUAUUGUAGAGUGGAAAUGUGGUGCAACGAGUGGUAAAGUGGUGGGCGGUGGAAAUGGAAAAGGUAAUCAG